AUGACUGAUUCUGUAAAACCACUAGUGGAUCGUAUCGUUUCGCAACCGUUGGAAUUCAAGAAAGCUGUUCAAGAGGACUCAUAUAACGUCGGUGGUGAAGGCUCUUCGUAUAUUAUGAUCUCAUCGAGCACCCAGAAACAGCAGCAGGAAGCCAAAGAAGGCGAUGAGCAUCAGUUAGAGCAUGGACAUCAUCAGGGUAUAGCUGCUACUGCAACUGCGUCCCGUAAGGAGAAGGUGGUCAAGCCCUCAUCAUUUGCAGAGGCGUUGAAGAUGUAUACCACUAAGAAAAGUGCGGCAAACGCUGCGGAAUCUAAGCCAAACAGAAGUUCGCAAUUACCAAUUACCGCUUCUCAUGUGACUCCAUCGGGGAAAUUAUCUAUCGGUUUGAGCAAUGAGCUUUUACUCAGUGAUGAUGACUAUCAUGGAUCCUCGACUGAAGAUGAGGAGCAUCCAAUCGUGUCGUUGUUGGAAAACAAAGUGACCCCAGAUUCAAACGAAAUGUCGGGUUCUGGGUCUUCUUCCGCUUCUUCAUCAUCUGCUGCAACUUCUGCUCCUGUCUCGUCGUCUGAUGACGACGAUGAGGAUGAGGAUGAGGAUGAAGUGUUUCAUGAGGCUAAUGAAUUCGUUCAACCAUCGCUGGCAUUAGCUGCUCCUGCUGAGCAGCCUGGAAAUGUCGAUGAAGAUGAAGAUAGUGAUGACAGUUCAUUCCACGCUUCUUCUGCAUCAGCAGAAGACGAGGAUGACGAGAAUGACGAGGAUGUUUCUGCAGAGGAAAAGGAAGAACUCAAAUUGGAGGCUACUGAACAUGCUGCUGCUUCUUCUUGUCAGUUCAAAGGAGUGUCUUCAUCUUCAACUGCGGCUGCUUCUGAGAGCAAACCUGAAGAAGAGGAAAAUGGCGAAGAAGAGGAAGAGGAUGAAGAAUUGAAGCACAAAUCUCCACAACCUCUAUCACCUACCCCUCCUACCACUCUUCAGGACAAGUCAAGCUUCUACCAAUUUAACGAGUCGAUUAAUGACCAUGGUUCUAAUAAACCACAGAGGAUAGUUAAGAAUUGGGGCUCUAAGUUGACCCAGCUGAAACCAAGGGGUUUACUCAACCAUGGUGUCACAUGUUACACAAACGCUGCUGUGCAAGCCAUGGUUCAUAUUCCAGCAAUUCAACACUAUUUAUUUCAAUUACUACGUGGAAAUUUCAAGGACACCGUUAAGUCUAACUGUGUUUCCAUGUUAUUAGCGGAAACUACGAUGAGAAUGUGGUCUUCUGACUCAACUAAAAAUACGUACAUUAAUCCUGAUAAAUUAAUCAAUGCGUUGGAAGACAUUAACUGUAUGAUGAGCGCUUGGAACCAAGAGGACUCUCACGAAUAUUUUAUGUCUUUAAUGUCACGUUUACAAGAGGACUCGGUUCCUAAGGGCCAUAAAAUGACAGAAUCCAUCAUUUACGAUGUAUUCGGUGGAUUACUACAACAAUCAGUUAAAUGCAGUAACUGUGGUGAGAUUUCAACCACUGAACAACCUAUAUACGAUCUUUCAUUGCAUUUAAAGGGUAGAAAGACAACUGAUCAAGAUCAAAACUCUGUUGGUCAAGAUAAUUCAAUUGAUAACUCUGUUGAUCAACAGCAAUCUUCAAAGAGAAGGUUUUCAAUUGAAAAAUCUAUUCGGGAUUUCUUCAAUCCUGAGUUAAUCAAAAGAGUGGACAACAAAGAAGGGUAUACAUGUGAGAAAUGUAAGAAAGUUACUAACGCGCUAAAGUCAAACAAGAUUAUUCGUGCUCCAGAGACUCUAGUGGUUCAUUUAAAAAAGUUCAGAUUUAAUGGCACAUCUUCAUCCAAAAUGAAGCAGGCCGUAUCUUAUCCAAUGUUUUUAGAUCUAACGGAAUACUGCCAUGAAUCAAUCAGCUCCUUACCCGUAAGAUACCAACUAAUUAGUGUCGUUGUGCAUGAAGGGCGAUCUUUAUCUAGCGGUCAUUAUAUCGCACAUUGUAAGCAACCAGAUGGAAGUUGGGCCACAUAUGACGACGAAUACAUCAAUAAAAUUUCAGAAAAACAGCUUUUGAAAGAGCCAAACGCGUACUUCUUAGUGUACACUAGACUUACACCAAAAUCGGUCCCACUUUCCUCUCAAUCUUCCAAUAAAUCUACUGAUCUAGGUAUUCCGCAAUUGCAAAGACCUCCAUCUUCACACUCAUCAUCGCAGAACAACUCUAAACGUAAGAAUAAGAAAAAAAACAAGAAGAGAAGGAUUUCCCCAUAA